CCCAUUUGCCAGCUACUUCCGCUUCUGUGUCAAGCUGAGGCUACACAGUAAAUUCUUGUUCAUCUUUCUGGACUUGCAGAUAUAUUCAGCCUGCUCACGCCACUCAGAAUAUUAAUUUGCCUUGGUCAAAAGAGCCACAUAAAUUGAAGUCUGGAAGUGCAUCAGCUGUUUGUCUGCUAACUAAGCAGCUGAUUUGCUCAAAUUGACAUCUGCUGGUGUCAUUCCUCCGAGGACAGACCAUCUGCUGAAAAUCUGUGUGAAGCUGUAUUUGGGACAUUGUCUCGAUAUCAGACAAACAUUGCUCUGUUGUUGUCUUGACACUCAAGCGAGACCUAGAUUGACAGGUCUCCCUCCAGAGGAACUUUUCAGAGCAGCCACCAAAAGGAACAUGUGCUAGAAGUUCAACAUCUGUCCUAAGCAACUGGUCAGCUUUGACUCUAGAAGAUGAGCAAUGACGAUGAGUUCUUCGAUGCCGUCACAGGCCUGGAAUCGGACGAGUCGUGCGAGGGGCUGUCGGAGGCCAGUUUCAAAGAUGCACAAGGGAUUGACAGCAGCAACCAGAAGAACAAUGGAUCAGUCCCACAAGAAAAUGGCAUCAAGAAACACAGGACAUCUCUCCCUGCACCCAUGUUUUCCAGAAACAAUAUCAGUGUGUGGAGUAUCCUGAAGAAAUGUAUUGGGCUGGAACUGUCCAAGAUAACGAUGCCCAUUGCCUUCAACGAGCCGCUGAGCUUCCUGCAGAGAAUCACGGAAUAUAUGGAACACACUUACCUCAUCAACAGAACCUCCUCAAUGUCCGACUCCAUAGAACGCAUGCGGGCAGUAGCUGCUUUUGCUGUGUCAGCAGUUGCGUCGCAGUGGGACAGAACUGGAAAGCCCUUUAAUCCUUUGCUGGGAGAGACCUACGAACUUAUCAGAGAGGACCAGGGUUUCCGAAUAGUGUCUGAGCAGGUAUCCCAUCAUCCUCCAGUGAGUGCAUUUCAUGCAGAGAGCCUGGCUGGGGAUUUCGUGUUCCACGGCUCCAUCUACCCUAAACUUAAAUUCUGGGGCAAGAGCGUUGAGGCAGAGCCUAAAGGGACUAUCACACUAGAGCUACUCAAGCACAGGGAGGCAUACACAUGGAGCAACCCUAACUGCUGUGUACACAAUGUCAUACUGGGAAAACUGUGGAUAGAACAGUAUGGCACAGUAGAAAUAGUCAACCACAGUACUGGAGACAAAUGUGUGUUGAAUUUCAAGCCCUGUGGGAUGUUUGGCAAAGAGCUACACAAAGUGGAGGGAUACAUCCAAGACAAGAGUAAAAAGAAGCUUGCUGUCAUCUAUGGGAAAUGGACUGAAUGCAUGUGGAGUGUCGACCCUCAGGCCUAUGAAGCACACAAGAAGUCUGAGAAGAAAGGAGACAACAAAAAGCAGAAAAAUGAUGAACUUGAGGGCGCUGAGAACGAUGACGCAGAUGACAUGCCCGAAGUCCAAGAGACUGUGUCUGUUGUACCAGGAAGCACUCUGUUAUGGAGGAUAGACUCUAGACCAGCACACUCUUCUGUGAUGUACAACUUCACAAACUUUGCGAUGUGUCUGAAUGAGCUGGAGCCCGGCAUGGAGGCCAUCCUGCCCCACACAGACUGUCGCUUCAGGCCUGACAUCAGAGCAAUGGAGAACGGCAACAUGGAUGAGGCCAGUAAAGAAAAGGAAAGACUGGAGGAGAAACAGAGAGCUGCCAGAAAAGAGAGAGCCAAGAGAGAUGAGGAGUGGUCUACUAGGUGGUUCCAGAUGGGCACCAAUCCAUACACAGGCUCCCAGGAUUGGAUCUACACUGGUGGAUACUUCAAUAGGAACUACCAAGACUUGCCCGAUAUCUACUGAAAACCUACUUGCCUUCCUCCUCCUCCUCCUCCUCCUCCUCCUCCUCCUCCUCCUCCUCCUCCACCAUAUCUGUAACCUACAGUUACCCCCCUGUCAUUAACUGGAGAUAAAAUGAUACAAAUCAUCAUCAAGGCACACCAACUCAGAUUGGAAAUGCAUACAAAGAAGCUGAACGUUGUUGACUGCCGAGUCUUCAGUAAAACUGGUUGUUUUGGGGUUUUGUAGGUUACACACACACACACACACACACACUUAAGAGAAGUUGUUAUAUUAUCUCCAAGUCUUACUCUCCAUCAUCGACAAACAUCUCCUGUUUCCCUGCUGAAGCACCCUUUAGAGCACAAUGGCCAUUUAAUUCCAGGCCAAUCCCUCUGGCAGAGAGUUGGUAACAACUCAAAAACCUCACAGGUCCGUUCUGAAUGUUUAACAUCUUUGCUAUUGAACUCUGUGCUCCGAGGAUCUGCCCGCCAAGACUCUUGAUGGCAGCAUUUUAAAAACAUUCACGUGUCAUAAAUGAGUAAAGUAAAAAUGAUGACCAAGACCUUACAAUCACAACGAUGGAUACAUGGAUGCAGACGAACACUGAUGCUCUUUGAAUUGAAGAUGGACUUCGAGGAUGUUUUGUUUUUUCUUUUCUCUCUCUUUUUCUUUUAUUUUUUUUUUAAAUAUUCUGCAAAAUUUUAAAGAUUUAAACACUCAGAAUACAUUAGUUCUAUACUACUCUUUGAGCAGCAAAUUAUGAGUGAUCAUUAUGUUGGUCAAAACAAAUCAAAUGCUAUUAAGACUUCAUUACUGUCCAUGUGUCUUAUCCUGAAAAUGAUUAAUAUCUGCUGAUAGUCUCCAAUAAUUUUGUAAAGUUUGAUUAAAAAUAUUAAAAUGAGUAAAGAUCACUACUAUAAAGCAUACAUUUCCCUGACAACAAAAACAGAAUUGGAAUCAGGAAAACAAAAGCAACAAAUAGUUCAGAUAUUCAUGGAAAUAGCUGAAUACCCUGCUUUUACCUUUUAGCAACAUGCAUAACCCGGCUGAUGCGCGAUUUGGUUUCACACAGGUGCAAGUAUUCCAUCGUCUGAUUUCUGCAUCUUGCUUUUAAGUUUUUAAGAUGCUGACGUUUGAAGUUUGCACUUACCCCUGGCAGGUUAUAAGACGGCUUAGCAGUACAUAUUGGUUGCAUUUUCCCAGUUUAACAUGUGACUUUAGAGGAUAAGGGUGUUGAUCUGCAGCUGCUUGUGAAUGAAACUGUUGUUCAGUCGUUUUUUGUUUUUUCGUUCUUUUAACAAGUGAACUAAAGAUGAGUCCAAAAAGGCUAGAAGUAAAUAUUACAGGGAUGGUAUGUGCUCAUCUAUUGUGUGAACCAGUGUAUAAAUGCGUACAAGCACCUAAAAGCCAUAUUAACAGGAGAGGGUGUUUUUUCUGUGCGGAUAUGAAUUAGAAAAUAUGAGCCUAAAGGAAUUGGAUUGUUAUAAAUCUCACUAUCGUCAUAGAAGAAACUUGUCGGUGUAAUCAGAGUAUCAAAUGCAGCUCUAGAUAAUUGUGUUCUAUGGUAGGAUUGGGUGGAUGGAUUCAUGGACAAAGUGACAUAAGCAGACAUGAACGGGAAAAACUGGAGAAAAAUGGCGACUACAGAUAAGUUAACGGACCGCAGAUUAACUUGGCGUCGACUCAUAUAAUAGGACAACAAAACAACCAGAAACGAUACAGUGAUGAUUGUAGUCUUUUGUGUCUGUGCAGGCUGCUUCUUACACUUAUGUGCUGAGCAGAAACACUAUUUCUUAAAGUGAAGAGGGGGGGGAAGCCGGAACUUCUCUAAUGAAUGUUGGCACACAAAAAAAGACUGUAGACUUUUUGGAUUGUUGGUAGUGUCCCAACAGGGUCCCAGAAAUUGGUAACUUGAGAUGAUGCCCACUGUGUUGUGCAGUUUCCCUUUGAUUUGUGUUGAGAUCAACAACAGUGUGACUCUACAUUUAAUCCAUUCAUUAUUCAUUUCAAUGCAUUGUCACUGAGCAGGACUCACAUUUCCCUUCAGAUUCUAGGAUACAGACAUGUUGGUAAAUGAAUGCUGGGAUGAAAUCACAAUCUUUCUUUUUUUUAAUUUUUAGGCUUCUGUUGCUAUGCUGAGGUUUUAUUAAAAGGUUAAAGUUUUUAAACAUUGUAAUACUUUUGAUUAAAACACUUAGGCAUAGCUCAAGUCACCCUGCGGUUUUGAUCGAGUGAGAAAUGUAGAACAAACAGGUUACAACUCUCACAUAUGCGUACUAACUUAACAUCGUUAAGUUAGUACUAAUUUUGUUUGACAGAUGCGUUCUGCUGAAGUCGAACCCUUCCCAGUACGUUAUGGCACCCAUCUAAUUUUUAAUCACAUUUCGUUUUGUUUCUGUAUUAAAAUCACAUUUUCACAUGAAUAUUUAGCUUGCAGCACCAACCCUAUGCAACUUUUGCACGUGUCUGUUAUUGUACCGCAGCUUAACGUCCCCCCCCCACCCGCAGCGACACAUUGAACGCACGCACACACACACCUUCACUUUUGAGUAGUGAGAUGUACCUUUUUAUAUAUUGACUUUGCAGCCUUAGUUUAAUACAUUCCAGAUAAUCUAAAACCUAUUUGUACUACUUGUCACUACAGGUAGCUGUGUUGUCACAUCUUUAAUUUGACUUUUAUUUGUAUUUUUUUUUUUUUUUUUUUUUUAAAUGGAUUACCGUGUCAUGCUUAGUGCCUGAACUUGUCUGUUUUCCAUUUUUAACUUGUGUGUUAUUUAUGGUGUUUUAUGAAUGACUUGAUUUUUUUUUUUCUCUCUUGUGUAGCAAAAUCGUUUCUUAAUGCCUGUGUUUUGCUUAGGAAGGAGCAGAGCGCCUAAUCGGGGUUUGAAGCAAACAUUCACCAGCUGAACACUGAACCUUUGACUGUGGCUGUUACAUCUGUCUGAUUUACUUGCCAGUACAGUAUCUGUAACAUAUUUAGGACAUGUUGGGUUAAAUUCACCAGUACAAUCCAGAACUUUACAUUCAUUUAAAAACAACCUAAAAAAUAAAACCCCACUUUUUUGUUUUGUGUUAUUAAAAAGCUUUUUGCACAAACACUACUCCCGGUGCGCCAUCACAGAAGGCUAAAGUCAAGCACUCACCAAAUUCUGCAGCUGUACAUGAAUCCAAACAGACACAAUAUUCUUGGUAAUUUUUUACUGUAAACUACUAACUGGCGAAAACUAUUAAACACAUGUAACCGUCACGUUCAUCAGUGCUCAUCAAGCUCUACCAGUUAUACAACUAAUACACGUUAUUUAACUAAUUCUAGGAUUUUAUGUUGCUUUGAUUGUUGGUUCUUUCUAUUAAGGAAAAUGUUUUCUGUUGAAUUUUAUUUCUCUUGGAUUGUGUCAUGUGGUUGUCGAUGUAAUAUAUGUGUAAAAGUGUUGCACAGAAGUAAUCGCAAGCAAAAUGGCAUAUUUGUGCAAUUGAUUUUAUUUUUAUAGUAUUUAAACGGUUUUUGGUGACAACCAGAUGUUUUAUUUUGAAGUCGG